AUGCCUCCCCGUGGAAACGAAGGGCUUGACUUCACUCCAAUACUUACCCAUUAUCUCUUUCUUUUUACCAGUUUCCUCUCCGUCGCAGGAUGGUUGACCGCGUUCAUAUCACUAUGUAUUGUCACCGCAACUCCAGCAGACGGUGGUAGAGCAGCAACUGGCUCAUCCUGGUUCGCCAUCUUCCUCCAACUAUUCCUCAUCCUCGGUGUCUUGUACACCCUCGCGACAGAUUCAAUAUCCAUGAAUCGCUUCCAAAUAUCAGUCUUCGGUGCAAUUGCUAUUGUGUUUGCCGUAGAGGGCGUCACAUUGGGCAUAUUUGCUUCAAACAGUGCUCUCAAUACGCUAGGCGCAGGUUGGCUUAUCCUGGCCAUCGUCGAUAUUCUAUGGGUCCUCUAUUUCACAUCAGAAGAAGAUUCCCUCACUCUUCAUAUCUUCAACAUGUUGGGCACAGGUGGCCUUACACCGCCUUCACGGCGUCGUAGACGGACUCAGUCAGUUAUGAAUAUGCAAGCCGGCAACGGAUAUCCGACCAACUACGCCCAAGGCGGAGGUAUCGGAUCACAUGAUGCCUAUGACGCCAAGUUAGGCGGUGGUGCUUAUUCCAGUCCCAACCAAACUGGCAUCAGAAGUCAGAACAGCUUUGGAGGUAGUUUGAACGACAACAUGACUAGGAGCAUGGGAGGAACAGGAGGUGGAGGCAGUAUUCACAACCAGACAACUACUGGAGGUCCUGGCUCUAUCAACGAUAACGGUCCAAACUCACCGCUAAUGGCUGGAAUUGGCGCUGGAAACUCUACUACAGGGACAAACCCUGAACAGCCUCAAGCUCAAACGGAGAGCUACUCGUACAAGGCCAAGGCCUUAUAUGCUUAUGUCGCAAAUACUGAUGACCCCAAUGAAAUUUCAUUCACAAAGGGAGAGAUUCUUGAUAUCGUAGACAAGCAAGGAAAGUGGUGGCAGGCUAAGAAAAGUGAUGGAACGACUGGAAUUGCGCCAUCUAAUUAUCUGCAAAUAAUCUAA